AUGCUUCCUCAAUAUUCUCCAGUCACUAAUCAACUAGAAUACUUAUCUGGUAGUUUGGCAGGUCUUUCCACAUUAUCAUUCCAAUAUCCAUAUGAUUACAUUUUUACUAAGGAAUUUCAUUAUUUAAAACCAGGAUUCAGAGCUUGUUUUAAUGGCCUCUCAGAUGUUGCACCCAUUUCCAUAUUAUAUCGCGGUUUAUAUUUUGGUCUUUUUGAUAUUUGGAAGGAAAUGAGAAGAGACCACUACUCAUUAACAAAGAAAGUGGUAGUAGCCCAAGGAGUUUCCAUUAUUUCUGGAGUUUCUGUUCGUCCUUUUCGAUUGGCUACAGAUCGAGCAUUAGGAUAUGAUAGAAUUCAAAAGAAAUUCUACAAAGGAACUUUUAGAGAAUUAUGGAAGAUUCGAAAUGAACAAGGAGUGAAAGGUUUAUUUAAGGGUGUAAUGAGUGGAUAUCACACCUGCCUGUACUUUGAUUCUGUUUGA